GUUGGGAUUCUCUUGGGCAGAUGAAGGCAUAUGGUCUUGAUUUAAAAUAUAAGUAGCAGAUAUUUUGAGAAUUUCUCUCAGCUUAUAGAAACGUUUGCCUUUACUUAAAAACCGACUACGGAUUGAUGGAAAGUUUCCUGGUCAAAGACGAAAGUGUUCAAUAUUUCAAUGGAAUAUAGACAAUUUUAAAAGUAGUGCCAAGCUGGGCUAGCUCGGCCUUCUUUGUGACCUAAUCCAAUCCUGAUCACAAAUCUAAAAAAAAGUUCUGACUAUUUUUAAAAUAAAGGAAGUUGCCAGCUGUAAAGAAUGAGAAACGUGCAAUGAAUAAAAUUAUGUAGUAAAAGCAUUUAAAAUUUCAAAUGUGGGGAAAAACCGCGGUAGGUACGGCCGGAGAAAGGACUUAAUCAAGUUUAUGAACAUUAUUAAUCUACGACUGUUUCAUGAAUUUAGCAUACAACCGUCGUUGGUAACCGGUCGUUUGAAAGGUGUUUUGGGUACACGUGUUGUACGCGCACGUGUCAAUGUGUACUGUUUAGUUUUGGGAAAUGACAACAAAAUGACCAGCAGGAGGGCAGACGAAAAUGGCUCCGGACCGACGAAAUCUGGGAAAAGGAAGAGGAAGACUGAACCAUCGGGCUUUGUUCCAACGGAAGUCAACCCUGCUUAUCGUGAGGAGAGUUUCAAAGAGGCAUUUGGAGGUGCAUUCAGGAAACAGGAAUCGUGUGAGCACGAAAAUGAAGCAACUUUACUCAGGGAUCCCUUCAGCUGUUGCGUUCUGCCAAACUUUGUGAAGGACGAGGCCUUCUUGCAAGGCUUGAAAGACGAACUCUUGGAUCUACCCUUUGAAGAAAAGUCCAACGACCUUUACAAAUUCCAACAGUCCGGUGCGCUUCAAAAUUUCUCCUCCCCACACAUCAUAGGAUUGAGAAAAUUCCUGUAUGAAGAUUUUUUGGCUUGGCUGAGGAACGUCACCUGUAUACCUUUAGAUGACACUGUGGAUAUGACCUGCUCCAAGUACAACUACACGGAUAGUCUGUUAUGUCAUGACGAUGAGCUGGGAGGAAGGAGGAUUGCAUUCAUCCUGUAUCUUGUCCCACAAUGGGAGGAGGAAGACGGCGGGGCACUGGACCUCUUCACUAUCGAUGCGCAUGGCCAGCCCAGCCAUGUCGUGAAAUCCCUGCUGCCAAAAUGGAAUAACUUUGUCUUCUUUGAGGUCACGCCGAGGUCAUUUCAUCAGGUUGCAGAGGUACUAUCUCAAGAUAAAUGCCGUUUGUCUGUCAGUGGGUGGUUCCAUGGACCCCGUGUGGAUAGGCCGACACCAUACGUUGAACCCAGGAUACCACUCCAGUCUUACUGUACUAUUGAGGAGGAUGAGAUCUUUGAUUGGAUCAACCCUUUAUACCUGGAUGUCCUGAACCAGUCAGAAAUCCAGGAUCGAUUUACCGAUGACUCUGAAAUUCAGCUGGAGAACUUCUUGCAGAAGGAGAAAUAUGAGCUGGUUAGUAAAGCCCUGGAAAGCAGUGACGUCAGGUGGCAGAAGAUUGGACCUGCCAAUAAACGAAGUUACGAGACAGCUGACAUGUCGACGUUACCGCAGGUCUUGCAGGAUUGCCUUGCCGUGCUGCAGUCGGAGCACAUGUUCCUCACCCUGUCAAACUUCACCGGUCUUAAGUUGCACGAGAACGCUCCGAACAACGACAGCGAUGAUGAAGACGAUGGUGAUGAUGAUGAUUGUGGGGAGGAGGCGGGGGAGGAAAUCAAUGAUGAAACUUCUGGGGGAGAUGCAAACUCUGCAGAUGGAACUACAGGGGAGGAUGGAGUUGUCAUAGUCAAUUCACCCAGAGCGAGUAAUCCAAGAUGCCGGGCCCAGGUCAGGCGAUGGCGACACGGCUGCUACACCCUGCUGCAUGACACGGACACCGAAGGAUCAGAGUUUGCGUUGGAUGCUGUCAUCCACUUCAACUGCCCUGAAGAUUUGCAGACGGAUCAUGGGGGUUACAUUUCCUACAUAGCCAAGGCAGAAGAUGAAGAGCUUCUCAGUGUGUCACCUGAGAACAACGGCCUUUCGCUGGUCUACCGCGACAAGGAAACACUGAGAUUUGUCAAACACAUCAACCAUAGGUUCACUGAGUGCCACAGUGAGGGGGACAGGGAACCAGUUAUCUACGACAUACAACUCGUGUACUAUGAGUAGCGAGCACCGGCUAUCUACCACGUAUAAGAUGGACCCUACCGGAUUUGGGCAUAUGCCCCGCCCACUUUUGGGUUGUGUACAUUCCCACAGUGCUUAUGACCCAGUUUGACCCAGCUUUCUUGGUCACUUGACCAGAAGUCAGUAUCUGAUUGGUCAAUGCGCACUAUUUGCCUGACAGGCAGGAGUUCAUAACAUGUUGUGAGGAAAAGCUUCAAUUGAGAAACUCAUACCAUCUAGUUCCGUCGUCCUUGCUAUGUUUCAACCAGAUGCAACAUGGUAGUAGUCUGAGUAUCAUCCAUUGUUUUGGGAGCCCCCAAGCUCAGCAAUAAUGUCUGAUAUGUAUGCGACCUUUGCUAAUUUUAAGUGACCCCUGCGCCCCAGCCAAUUGGAGUCGACUUUAGAACUUGUGACGUCAUUUCAUGAAGAAACGCGAACAAGCUGUUUAUUUUCUGCCAUGUUGUUUUUAAUAUAAUAACGGGUUACCGAUGACCUGAUGGAAAGCUUGUUGAUUGGUCAGAAUCUGGAGGUCAAGACGCAGUCUUGUUUUGCAUAAUUAAUCGUUGAAUCUGAAUCCAUUGAAUCAUAGACGCUUGUUACAAUAAAGGAAUGGUAGGGGUUAAGUGUACUGAGGAAAAAUCCACUGCCCCUCAUUUUCUAUAGAAGCCCUCUUUAUACAUCGGGGUCAUUUUUAGCUUAAAGUGGGGUAAACAUUUUCAGUUUGAUAUCACGAGACAAAGAAAUGUGUAUAUCAUUACUUAAUUGUAUGCUUUUUAUUCAUUUGAUAAAAUAAAAAUGCAGGUGCUGAAAUACA